UAGUAGCUAUAGUAAGAGUGAAAUAAACAAAGAAGUUAUAAGAGAAAGGAUAGAUAAGUUUGCUGGAAGGAAGCAGAAAAUUAUGGGAGGAGAGAAGUGAACGGAGGGAGAGGAAAAAGAAGGUACAUAGGAAGGGAAAAGGGGAAGAAACAAAGGAAAUGCCCACUAUCUGGUAAAAGUCAUCAGGAGAAAACAUUAAGAGAAAAACUUACCAUACUUGGGAGAAACACUGGUAACCCAAUGGACAACAAAUUGAUUUUUAAUAUAUAUUAAGAGUUUCUACAAAUAGUAAGAAGUAAAACAGCAACCAAAUAGAAGAGUGGACGUAUUAGUUACUUGGUGUGUUGCUGUGAUAAAAUACCCAGACAAAAGGAAUUUGAGGAAGAAAGGUUCGUGUCCACUCACAGCUAUAGGGUGCAGUCUACUGUGGUGGGAAGUCAAGGCUUUAGGAGCUUGACGCUGCUGGUGACGUUGUACCCACACACAGCAGGAAACAGAGGAAGAUGAACACUGAUGCUUAACUUCCUCUUUCCAGGACUUCAGCCCAUGGGAUGAUGAUGCCCACAGUUAAGGCUGGUCUUUCCACCUCAAUUAACCUAAUUUGGAUAAACCCUCAUAGACAUGCACAGAGGCUUAUCUCUUAAGAGAUUAUAGACCAUAUCAAAUUGAUGAUCAAUAUUAACCAUCACAAUGGGCAAAUGAUUCACAGAGAAAAAUAACUUUAAAAAGACACAAACCUAACUUUGGUGUGAUGCAUUCUUUUUUCACAGAAAUAGAAAAACUAAAAAUUUUACGCUUUCUGAAUGAAGUAUUGGGAAGAGGAUAAACUGAACUGGUUUAACCUCUGCAAGGGCAGUUAGCACCAUCACAAUCCAGAAUGUACAUGUCCUUCAACCAAGUAAUUUCACUUAUAGUUGACAAAUAGGAAAAAAUGGAUUAUAAGAUGCUUCAUUCAGCAUUAUAUGUAAUAGAAAAAAAUGUGGAAACAAUACCACCUAACAGUAAUAAAUAACUACAUUGUAUGCACAUUUAUAAUAAUAUACUGUGCUUUAUAUUUAAAAGAAGAGGAGGAAGAGGAGGGAAUGAUGGCUCAGGGUGGAGAGAUAGCUCAGUGGUUAAGACCGUUUGCUGCUCUUCCAGAGGACUGUAGGAAAAUAAAAAUAAAAUUGUUUGCCUUAAUACAAUUAAUAAAAACAGAUGUAAUAACUUUAUAUUAAAUUUGUAUACUCUAUAUUAUAAUUAAUAUACAAUAUGAUAUACAAUGUGAGGGAGAAGGAAUACAUCCAAAUGUAGACUAUGGCAUUAAUGAGAAACAAGACCAAGCUUUAGUAUGUAUAGCUCAUUUAAUAUUGCAUGCUUUCAAGAAUUUAAGACCUUCAAAGCAUUAUUUCCCAAGAACCAAAUAUUAAUUCCAAAUAGGUGAUUUUCGCCUGUGUUUUUAAAACACAGACAACUCAGUCUCACCCUUACAGGUUCUGAUUCAGGAUAUCUGAGCAGUGCCCAUCAUCAGAAAAACUAAUUGCCGACACUGAACACGUUUUUCUGUGUGACGUGGCAGAGCCUCAGGCAUAUAAGGAAAACACUAUACAACGGGGCGAUAUCCCUGGUGCUCUACUUGAAAACCCUAUCCUCUCUGUAUUUCUGAGUGAUUCUUAGGCUCUUAGAAGGAGUUGGAUGGUUACAUGAUGAUAGUUGUUGCUUUAGUUUCACUAACUGAAGUCAGGUACUGUUUCCACAUGUUGUGUUUAGGUGCCAUUGUUACUGUCUCUCCUCUAAUAACUCCAGUAUCCUUUAACAGUGUAGUACCAACGCUCAUUUAUUGCAAAAGCAUCUUUCUCAUGUGGUGAGUGCUGUUUUUCUAAAAUUCUGAUUGCUUUUAUAUAUCCCAAUUUUUAAAUAUUUUUUACCUGUAAACCUUCUGUGAGUAGCUCAAAGCACAUAAUUUAUAUUUUUAUUAUUACAGAUAUUUAAGAAAGAUUCUGUGCCAUGGUCUUUGCCAUUUGUUAAAGUUAAUCUUGGACAUUAUUUUUAUGAACAAGUCAGGAAAAAUAUUUUUAGUCCAAUCACCAUGCUUGAUUCUGAUGUAAGAGAUGACAAGUUUUCUCAUGGCAAUACUUACACAAAUUUCAAUUAUGUAAACAUUUUUUUAAUAAUAAAGAGAAAAAUGUUUAAAAAAUUUAUUUCAGGGCCCAAAGGAGUAAUAAAUGAUUGGAGAAAGUUUAAAUUAGAAAGUGAAGAUGGUGAUUCACUUCCACCCAGUAAGAAGGAGAUCCUCAGACAAAUGUCUUCUCCUCAGAGCAGAGAUGACAAAGACUCAAAAGACAGAAUCAGCAGAAAGAUGAGCAUCCAAGAAUAUGAACUAAUUCAUCAAGACAAAGAAGAUGAAAAUUGCCUUCGCAAAUACCGUAGACAGUGCAUGCAGGACAUGCACCAGAAGCUGAGUUUUGGGCCUAGAUAUGGGUUUGUGUAUGAGCUGGAGACAGGAGAGCAGUUCCUGGAAACCAUUGAAAAGGAGCAGAAGGUCACCACCAUCGUGGUUAACAUCUAUGAAGACGGUGUGAAGGGCUGUGAUGCACUCAACAGCAGUUUAGCAUGCCUUGCAACUGAGUACCCAAUGGUCAAGUUCUGUAAAAUCAAAGCUUCUAAUACUGGUGCUGGGGACCGCUUUUCCUCAGAUGUUCUCCCUACCCUGCUUGUAUACAAAGGUGGGGAACUCAUAAGCAAUUUUAUUAGUGUUGCUGAACAGUUUGCUGAAGAAUUUUUUGCUGGAGAUGUGGAGUCUUUCCUAAAUGAAUAUGGAUUACUACCAGAAAGAGAGAUCCAUGACCUAGAGCAGACCAACAUGGAAGAUGAAGAUGUUGAAUAAGCGUUCACUAUGUCAGUAUCUCAUACCUAUUCUUUACACAGUGAACAUUGAUUUUUGGUAGUACCUAUAUUCCUUUAGCAAACACUAAAUGCGGUUAUUCAAAUUUGGGGAAUAAAAGACACUAAAAUUAUGUUGAUAGAAUUUUUUAGUAUUAGUUAUUCAAAAUGAGAUAAUAUUUUACUGCAAAAAUAUUGUAGUUCUUAACAAAUAAUUAGUAAACAGAGGAAGUGAAUAAUGUCAAUGUUAUGUCACUUUAAAGACCCCUCACAAGUUAUUUGUUAGCUUUUAUAUGCCUCAUUUUUCCCUUGGCAUUUUUAUUUGGGCUUUUGAAACUGAAUGCUACUUAAGAACUGACUUGUAUGAUAAGAAUAAAAUCCUAUGAAGAAACAAAUAUUCUGUGUAAUGUCUACUGUGAGUCAAGUAUUAUAUCCUCAAGUACAUAAAAACUUCAUAAAGCUCAAAAUACAAAAAUGGUUUCAUUCAUUAGUCUCUAGUAAUCACAAAUCUGCAUGUGAAAAUUAUUGUUUUCAUUUUUAAAACAAUGCAACAAGAUGCAGAGAAGUAGAAUUUUAAUUUUCACU